AUGUCCAAAGAAAGCAAAUCCCUUCAGUUUCCCAAGUUCCUAAUUCCGUCCCUCUUUCCCAAACGAGAUGCGGGGCUUUCAACGGACUCAUCAAAGUACCUUGACGGUCAUACCUCCUAUCUGCGCUGCGCUGGCUGCGCAUCGCACCUUUGCUUGACUUCUCAAAUCAUCAGCAAAGGGUUUACAGGUCGUCAUGGCCGUGCAUAUUUAGUCUCAGCAGAGCCCGUAGCCACUGCCGUAUCGGUUAGCGCAUCAUCAUCGCCUAUAACCACACUACCUAAUACCAUACUACAACGCCCGGUACCUCGCCAGCUCGUUACAGGUGCACAUACGGUCAGUGAUGUGAGCUGCACAUUUUGUGACAAUGUACUAGGCUGGAAGUACGUCGCAGCCGAGGAAGAAUCACAGCGGUACAAGGUCGGCAAGUUUAUUCUUGAAACAAAGAAGAUCACCACUUCUUCAUGCUGGGAGUCUCCGCCCGAUGUCCCCUCGUCUGUGGAAGCUGAACAACAAUCUGAACGGCCCGAGCCAGGCUCAGCAAACGUGGAAUUUGACAGCCAUGACGAAGAUGAAUGCGAGGACUUGUUUGCUGGUAUUUGGAGCCCCGGGCUUGCUGCGAGACGAAGGAAUCGCAAGAUUGAACGCCGACCUGCCAUUUUCGGCAUCUCAUGA